AAGAAGUUUUGUUUCGCGUCUUGAAGGUGCCUCAGGAAGGAGGCGCCCAGUAACCUGUCCCUAGUGCAAGGCAGCUCCAUAGCUUCUCUCUAGCACAGACAGGAGUAAAGCGCUCAGCCGGCUCAUCUCACACACGGCGUCAGCAGCAGCAGCAGCGCCUCCCUUCCCGACUCUUCCCCCGAUGUCCUGACUCCUGCGUGUCGCGUUGCAUGCCGGGCUGUGGUGCCGGUGCUCUGGGCUCUGCCAGCCCGGGAGAUGCUGCUGGACAAGCGGCGGCACCACCGAGGCCAGAGCAGCUGCUGUACGUGACUGCAGAGCCACUGUCCCAGCUGAAGAGAAGCAGUCCCAAAGCGUGAUAUGGCCACCAGCAUUCUUCACAGUAGCUUCUCUAGAUGUAUGCAAUGGCGUCUAGCCACAGCUCCUCACUAGUGCCUCACUCAAACAGCAGCAAAACCUUCUACAGAAAGGGACUGGAUACUUCACACGUAGGACUGGUUCGGUCACUUCCUGAUGUGUGCCCCAAAGUGCCUACAGGUGAUUCUAAUAGUUUGCGUGACGAGCCGUCCGUGGUGGCAGACCAGCACAAAUGGACUAUUUAUCAUUCCAAAGUGAACCUCCCUGCAGCAUUAAAUGAUCCUCGCCUGGCAAAACGGGAGUCCGACUUCUUCACCAAGACAUGGGGCCAAGACUUUGUGGAAAUCGCAGUCUUGCCAUCACCUUACCUCCCACCCAUCACUAAGGAACACUUUCAAUCUUACGUCCAGCAAACCAGUCUAAGAGAAAAAAGUCAUGAGAAAUGGAAGACAGUAUGUCCCCCUAAAGAUGACUAUAACAGGACUGCAUUUCCACACUCACAUGUUAAUAAAUCCACGGCAGAUCUGGAACAAGUACCUAAGAUAUUCAUGAAACCAGACUUUGCCUUGGAUGAUUCCUUAACAUUUAAUGCAGUUUUACCAUGGUCCCAUUUUAGCGGUGCAGGUGGCAAAGGUAGCAGGGACACAGCCUCUUCUAAAUUGCUUCAAGAAAAGCUGAGCCACUACUUGGACAUUGUUGAGGUAAAUAUUGCUCAUCAGAUCUCUCUGCGCUCUGAGGCCUUCUUCCACGCUAUGACCUCACAGCACGAGCUUCAGGACUACCUCAGGAAGACUUCCCAGGCAGUAAAGAUGCUGCGGGACAAGAUUUCUCAGAUAGACCGAGUUAUGUGCGAGGGUUCUCUGCGAAUCUUGCGGCAAACAAUGAACAGGAACAACUGCAUUAAGGUGUAUAAUAAACUCAAAUUAAUGGCUACAGUGCACCAGACUCAGCCCACUGUUCAGCUGCUGCUAUCAACCUCUGAGUACGUUGGGGCACUGGACUUAAUAGCAACCACACAAGAAGUCUUGCAGCAGGAGCUGCAGGGAAUUCACAGUUUUCGACAUCUCGGGUCACAGCUUUGCGAACUGGAGAAGCUCAUAGAUAAAAUGAUCAUUGCAGAAUUCACAUCAUAUGCUCGCAGUGACUUAAGCAGACCAUUAGAGGAGGACUGCCAAGUGAUAGAAGAGGAGAGACUGGUGUCGCUGGUGUUUGGGCUGUUAAAACAGAGAAAGAUGGACUUUUUUGUAAUCUACGCUGACGAAAUGAUGACAACUGCAAAAAGCAUCAUUAAGCAGUGUGUAAUUAGCAUAGUCUCCCAAAUUGAUGAAAUAGACUCUGAGCAUGUCACAAAGCUUGCUGAUCAGAUGCGGUUGAUGAAUUUCUCGCAGUGGCUUGAUUUGCUGCAGAAUAUUUUUUUGACCUUUACAAUCUUCCUUCGGAGAGUCAAGGCCACUUUAAGCGUUAUCCGCAGUGUUGUACUCAUGGUCUUAGAUAAGAAUCAGCGGAUCAGAGAAAUGGAGGUAAUGGGAGCCCAGAAAGGCCUGGGCAGAGAAGGCCAAGUGGACGGCGAUGUGGCUUACUUGACUCACGAAGGCUUGUUUAUAAGUGAUGCAUUCAGUGAAGGUGAGCUUCCCCAUGCUGCUACCAACACUAACUUUCAAAGGAAUGCAUCACCCAGCAGUAGCGAGCCUUCUGGCAGCGAUUCUCUAUCUGAUCCUGAAUGCACUACUGACUCCUCUUCCAGCAGAGAUCACACACUACCUUCAGUUACCCCAGGGGGAGUAGAAAUAAUAAUGACUGAGGACAUCAAAUUAACAGACCUGGAACUUGGCAAAAUUGCAAACAAUAUACAGGAGCUGCUAUACAAUGCCUCAGAUAUCUGCCACGACCGCUGUGUGAAGUUCCUCUCGGCAAGAGCCAAGGAUGGGUUUCUUGAAAAACUUAAUUCCUCAGAGUUUUUGUCCUUGUCCCGUUCGGUUGAAGUAUUUGUCCAGAAUACGGAGGUGAUCUGUGGUAGAAGAAGUAUGUCUCUGAGGGGCGCUCUUCAGGGUCAGGCGAACAAAUUUGUAAACCGCUUCCAUGAUGAAAGGAAAACCAAACUGAGCCUUCUGCUGGAUAACGAGCGCUGGAAACAAGCAGACGUUCCCGCUGAAUUUCAGGACUUGGUCGAUUCUAUAACAAACGGAAAAAUCAUUUUACCUGAGAAAAAAUUUGGAUGUGCAGAAGAAAGGAAAGCCACAGACUUUCUGACAGUGGACGGGCAGAAGUAUGCAGUGGUUGGCACUGUUCUGAUUUUAAUCAGAAUCAUUCUGGAGUACUGCAGCUGUGUUGACGACAUCCCAUCUAUAACCACAGACAUGCUCACUCGUCUAUGUGAGUUACUGAAGUACUUUAACUCUCGCAGUUGUCAGUUGGUUCUGGGAGCGGGGGCACUACAAGUUGUCGGACUGAAGACCAUAACCACAAAAAAUCUGGCUCUAUCGUCCCGCUGUCUGCAGCUCAUAGUACACUACAUUCCUGUCAUUAGGGCACAUUUUGAAGCUCGUAUGCAGCCCAAGCAGUACAGCAUGCUGCGGCAAUUUGACCACAUCACUAAGGAUUAUAAUGAGCAUAUAGCAGAGAUCUGUGCCAAGCUGGUGACCAUAAUGGAUGGUUUAUUUGACAGACUUCUGUCAAAGUAUGAAGUAAAAGCUCCCGUUCCCUCAAUGUGCUUUAGAAACAUCUGCAAGCAAAUGGCUAAGAUGCAUGAAGCCAUUCAUGAGCUGCUCCCUGAGGAACAAACACAAGCUUUGUUCCUCCGCAUAAAUACCAGCUGCAGGUUACACUUGAAGAGUCAGCUGUGUCACUUAAAUGUCACAAAUGAUGGAGGACCACAGCAUGGAAUGGUGGCAGCAGAUAUUGCCUUUUACACUGGAAAUGUCCUAGCUCUAAAAGGUCUUAAGGAUCUGGACCUAAACAUGGGUGAAAUUUGGGAGCAGAAGAGGUGAUGUCUAGCAAAAGGAUAAGAAACAUUAAUCUUAACUUAUGUGUGAGGACUGGCAGUGUUCUACACAAGACCUAAAAGUUAUAUUCCAAAGUGCACGUCAGGGGCUGGGAAACUGUGUAUCUAGUAACUGGAUCCAGCCUGGAUGUCAGGGAUUCGCUACACCCUUCCGUGGACAACACACGAACAGUUCACAUACAAUGUUUCUCAUCUUCUUUGGAAACAGCCUCAGGUUUCUUUGGACCAAAUGCAAAACAAGUGCAAGGCUGUAACACAGCUUCCCUUAUGUCCGAUCUCCUGUACGCUGUAAGAAAAAGGAUCCCUUUCUGCAGAAGGCGUUGUUAAAUGUAUUUCUUGAAGAUGUAAAAUAAUGGUUCAAAUCCCACGAGGAGAAAUCAGAACACUAUCAUCUGAACAGCUUUUGGAAGGUUUUUUUCAUUGUUAUAUCUCUCUUAAAACAAAGUCAGCUGAUUGUUGUAUGUGCGGAAGGUGGAAGUUGCGACAGUGAAGAAAAGGGAAUGGAAUAAGCUUUAAUAGUUCUGUUUUUUUGGGGGGUGGGGGCUGGCGAGUGGGUAGAACCCUUAUGUUCACUUGAUUCAUCAUUUGUGUUCAGACUGGAUGCUGAUUUUCCGAUUGCAAAUCCACUAUUUGCAUGCCCUCAUAGCACAGUGUGGCAAGAGCACUUGAUGCAAAGGGCAGGCUUAUCUGACUCUUGUCAGGCUUGAGCAAUAUGUGAAGCUGCAGGGGUUGGCAGGGCAUGUUGGCACCUGUAGUUCCACGUCAGUCGCUAGCCUCUACUCCGUCUUACACUGCUCCAGUAGGAUAACUCCGUAGCUAUGGUGCUUUAAUUAGCUAAUGACUUUUGGAUAGCUUGGGGACAUUGCUAUAAAUCGCUGGUAUUUUCAAUCUGUAUUUUUGUACAAUAUUUUUUUUAAAUUAAGGUAUUUUUGCCCUUGCCAUAUUUGGUGAGGGUGAAAGUAUUUAUUUGCAUUAUCUGCUAUCAAUGUGGAUAUUUUCUGAUUGCAUUUUUAAGUAAAUAUCAAUCAAUUAAGAAUUUUGCUUAAUUUUUUUUUUUGUAUUGUUAUAGGAAUGCAUAGGUAUCAGACAAGGGGUAUGUAGUUAAAGGGGUAUAUUCAAUUACUGUUGGAUAAGCCCUGUUCAAUGAGCGACCAAAUCAGACUGUCAGAUUUGGCCGUUCCCGGUGUCCAGUCCGUGCAGCAGUCAGCCCUCCCCGUGCGUCUCCCGUACCAUGCUUCUGCCCGCCACGGCCACGAUGACUGCAGCUGCACUGUCUGACUAGUGUCAGACACAGUAGUGGGAGAAAUCCAGACCGCGCCAGCACGGUAACUGCGCCGUACCCGCGGUCCUCCGCCGACAUAACUGCCUACGUGCCCUUCUGCCCCAUCUCAUCGUCUCAAUCCGACAUUUUUUAAAGUAUGAUUGAGAUUGUCGGAAACUAGGCCAAAACCUGUCUGAUUUGGCCCCGUUUCCGACUGAAGCAUGUGGAUCGGCAGCUAUUCUGCCGAUUUACGUGCUUUCCAACAAGUCAAAUUUCCCGACUUCUCUGAAAAAUGAGAAGGGGAUUGAAUAGGUCCGAACCCCUUCCGACCUGAAAAAGUUGAAAACUGACGUCUUUCCGACAAGACGGCAGUUUCGGCAGUAAUUGAAUAUACCCCAAAGUGUAUAAGCAGGUAACUACUGUACCUACCAUCGCAAAUUUUUGCUAUAGGUAAAAAUCAGCGAUGAUGUGAAAGAUACUGAAGAGGUGAUGAACAGUACAUUCAGUCUUAUCUCUGCAAAAAAAAAAAUGUUUUUCUGUGGACGCAGAGCUGUGUCUCAUUGCCUUUUAUGGGAUCACUGACUCCCAAAGUGUUAAAGCUGAAGCACUUUAACGGCAGCCCAAUAUUAAGUGCCUGCACAUAUUUAUGAAAUACAGACUCCUCGUUAUGUUUUACCCCAAGUAACAUGAGAGUGCCUAACAUUCAGUGUUGAUACUGGCCUUGAUUUCUGCUGCUGUGAACACUCCAAAAGUCUUAAAUCCUUUACACAGUUAAGCACAAAAGACAUGCCACCUGUGAGUAGGGCAGUCACCAAGGAUUUGUAUGUUAAGUGUAUAAUGUAAAUAACCUUUAAAAGGUUUAAACCUUGGUCAGUAUCACAUAAAAGAUUAUUACUGUUUA